GGCCCGGGCAGCGCCAUGCAGAGAGCGGCGGGCGGCGGCGCCCCCGGGGGCAGCGGCGGGAGCAGCGGCGGCCCCGGCGCCGCCUUCUCCAUCGACUCGCUCAUCGGGCCGCCGCCGCCGCGCUCGGGCCACCUGCUCUACACCGGCUACCCCAUGUUCAUGCCCUACCGGCCGCUCGUGCUGCCGCAGGCGCUGGCCCCUGCGCCGCUGCCCGCCGGGCUGCCGCCGCUCGCCCCGCUCGCCUCGUUCGCGGGCCGCCUGAGCAACACCUUCUGCGCGGGGCUGGGCCAGGCGGUGCCCUCGAUGGUGGCGCUGACCACUGCGCUGCCCAGCUUCGCAGAGCCCCCCGACGCCUACUACGGGCCCCCGGAGCUCGCCGCUGCCGCCGCCGCCUCCACCGCCUCGCGAAGCAACCCGGAGCCCGCAGCCCGGCGCACGGACGGAGCGCUGGAUGCAGACGAGCUGCUGCCCGCGCGCGAGAAAGUGACUGAGCCCCCGCCGCCCCCGCCUCCGCACUUCUCAGAGACUUUCCCGAGUCUACCGGCAGAGGGAAAGGUGUACAGCUCAGAUGAGGAGAAGCUAGAGGCCCCAGCAGGAGACGCAGCAGGCAGCGAGCAGGAGGAAGAGGGCUCAGGCGGUGACAGCGAGGACAGCUUCCUGGACAGUUCUGCAGGGGGCCCAGGGGCUCUUCUGGGACCUAAACCGAAGCUAAAGGGCAGCCUGGGGACUGGCGCUGAGGAGGGGACACCAGUGGCCACCGCGGUCACCACGCCUGGGGGGAAAAGCCGGAGGCGACGCACGGCCUUCACCAGCGAGCAGCUUUUGGAGCUGGAGAAGGAGUUUCAUUGCAAAAAAUACUUGAGUCUGACCGAGCGCUCCCAGAUCGCCCACGCCCUCAAGCUCAGCGAGGUGCAGGUGAAGAUCUGGUUUCAGAACCGCCGGGCCAAGUGGAAGCGCAUCAAGGCUGGCAAUGUGAGCAGCCGUUCCGGGGAGCCCGUGAGGAACCCCAAGAUCGUGGUGCCCAUACCUGUGCACGUCAACAGGUUUGCUGUGCGCAGCCAGCACCAACAGAUGGAGCAGGGAAGCCGGCCCUGACCCAGCUCCCGGGAACCGGAAGUCAAAGGAAGCGAACCUGUGCCUGCCCAAGACUCACUGGGUACUGUAGCCUAGAGGGACCUGGGGGACCCUGCUCUGGAGAGGCCAGCGUGUUCCCGGGACACAUGACUAUUUGGCCCGAGACUGUUCUAGAGACCUCAGGAUUAGGGGUCUCGGGGAUGCAGCGUUUGUUCUGAUCCAGGACAGCUUCUGGAGCA